AUGGCCGACACCGAAGACCCCAAGCGCGAGGACGAACAGCUUGAUCGCGCCCCCGACGAUGACGAUGCGGGCGACGAAGAAGAAAUUGCGGCCAUGAAAAAGCGAGUCCAAGAAAUGGAAGCCGAAGCCGCCAAGCUCCGUGAAAUGCAAGCCGAUAUCGAUGCGCAGAACGAUGGUCUCCGCGAGAGUAAAGAGGACAUCGACAAUAGAAGCGUCUUCGUGGGCAACGUGGAUUAUGGUGCCAGUCCUGAGGAGAUCCAGGCGCACUUUCAGACUGCUGGAGCCAUCAAUCGCGUGACGAUCUUAUUGGACAAGUUUACGGGACAUCCUAAGGGAUAUGCGUAUGUGGAGUUUACGGACCCGAAUUUGGUCACGCCAGCGUUGGUUCUGAAUGAUAGUCAGUUCCGCGGAAGGGCGAUCAAGGUCGUACCAAAAAGGACGAACUUGCCUGGCAUGACUCGAGGUGGACGUGGUGGCGGAGGAAGAGGUGGGCCAGGUGGCCCUCGGGGCCGUGGUGGCUUUGGUGGUGGCUAUGGCCCUCCUCCAAUGUACGGUGGGCGCGGAGGCGGUGGCUACGGCGGAGGAGGUGGAGGAGGAUAUAUGCCACGUGGCGGCGGGUAUCGUGGCGGCUACAGAGGCCGCGCGCGAGGCUUCAACCCGUACUGA